AUAUUUAAAACGCAGCGCCGCGCAAACCUGCAGACUUUGACGCUCGCCAACGUGCCCAGCCCAUGAGCUACACAUUUCCCACAAUACAUCGCGGUCCUCCACAUUGGGUUGUUGUGUCCGAAGUGUCAAAAUCCAAGAUGGCGCUCCACCGCUUCCUCCAGUUGCCCUCUGUGCUGCGCUCUGCGGUCAACCAGACUCUGCGCAGGAAUAUCGGCAUGUCUGCGGUCCUGUUCAACCGGGCUAAGGAGCUGGACCCAGUGCAGAAACUGUUCUUGGACAAGAUCCGUGACUACAACACCAAGAGCAAGACUUCUGGCGGCAUUGUGGAUGCAGGCCCCUCUUAUCAGAAGAACAUGUCCGAGGAAAUAUCCAAACUAGAGAGGCUAUACGGUGGAGGAGACCUCACUAAAUUCCCAGAAUUAAAAUUCCAAGAGCCCAAGCUUGAUGAAGUGGCCAAGUGAGUGCUGUUCAUCUUGCUCCACAUAUAAUCAGUGUGUAUUAUAUUUAAUAAAAAAUAGAUCUAAAGAUG